AUGGGGCAAAAGGAACAGAACAUUUGUUAUUGUGUAGUGCGUGUGUUCUUCUGUGUGAUUGUAUUGCUAGGCUGUGGAUAUAGUAUAGUGCGACAACAGAUUCUGGAGGAGCGGCUGCAAGUGCUGGAAAAGCGACAGUUAGUGCUAGAGAGAUUAACUCAACCGUCAGUGCAGAAGACCCAGGUGUAUAGGAGUAGGCGUGAUGUAGCGGAUUGUGUUUGUCCAGCAGCUCGUAGCCAGGCCUACAAAUCAGCGUUUAUUGAAUUUAACACUCCGCGGCUGCUGGGCCGUGCGAAGGGAAGUAUGUUAACCUCGGCCGGAUAUUAA